ACUUCUAUCUAUUUUAUUUCUGCUAGCCGUUUUAGUUAGAGAACCACCUCCUGGAGCAACGCACGUGUUCAAAUCGGGUCAACGCUUCGGUAUUCGGAUUUUGUGAGACAAAAUUCGUGAAUAAUAUCUAAAGUUUAUUAAAUAAACAAUAAGUAAAUUGAUUAUCAAGAUUAAACUAAAAGUAUCUCAAAGAUGCCAGCGGAAGUUUUUGCCCGAGGCAGUAUAUUGGGCAAAUAUGUACCCGCCCGGUGCGUGAUGGCCGUCUUGGGAUCCAUUGGCAUGGCCAUCAUCUCUGGCCUAAACGUGAAUCUCAAUGUGGCAAUGCGUUAUAUGGUAAAUUACACAGCAAUGUAUGGAGCUCCAGAUGCGGCUUAUGCGACAAACUCGACAAGCAAUCGUCCAAAAGACGGCCCUUUUAAUUGGCAUUCAAUGAUGCAGGCAAACCUUUUGACCUGCUACUUUUUGGGGUAUCUUGUACAGAUUCCACUUGCCCGCAUCGCCGAGAAGUUCUCGGCCAAGUGGCUCAUGUUUUUCUCCGUGGCAUUCAAUGUGGUCCCCUGCCUGCUAACCCCGGUUCUUGCCAAACUGCACUACGGCUGCCUUAUCCUGAUGCGAGUUCUACAAGGAAUCGGCGGAGGAGCCUCUUUCCCGGCUAUGCACGUCAUGAUUGCCUCGUGGACACCACCCACAGAACGCACGGCCAUGUCCACCAUCAUCUACGUGGGAACGUACGUCGGUAGUGCUCUCUCCAUUAUAAUGGGCACGUUUCUUGCCGAGCAGUGGGGCUGGGAAUCCGUCUUCUACGUGAUGGGUACUCCCAGCUACAUUUGGAUGGGCUUUUGGCUUAUACUUAUUCAGGAUAAUCCCAACAAGCAGCGAUUUAUCAGUCCUGAGGAGCGGCAAAUGAUAAACAGAUCUCUUGGCACGGAAGUAAAUGAAGAACACAACCGGGCGGUACCAUGGAAGAAGAUCUUCAAGUCCAGUCCAUUCUGGGCCAUCCUGAUUGCUCACACUUGCACCAACUUUGGCUGGACCAUGUUCUUCGACAUUCCUUGGUUCAUAAGAUCAGUCCUAGAUCGAGGAUUUGAAGAGAACAAUUAUAAAAUGUGUUAUUUAAACUUGAUCAUCUUUAUGGUUUUCCUCGGAAUGCUGUUGCACUAUCUCCAAACCAAUGGCAAGAUUAGCGCCACAUGUGCCCGCAAAAUUGCCACUUCUAUUUGCGCAUUAAUUCCGGGAGCGUGCCUUAUCAUCCUUUGCUUUGUAAAAAGCAAUCAAAACGUUGUUGUGGCCCUAAUGACGGUGGGAAUUGUGGCCAUGGGAGCCAAGAUUCCGGGAUUCAUGUCUAACCACAUCGACAUCGCCCCCAAUUUCGCCGGAACCCUGGUGGCGCUGACCAAUACUGUGGCUACUCUUCCUGGCAUUGUGGUGCCAAUCUUUGUGGGGGUUAUAACCUCGGAUAGUACAAAUAUUGGAUCCUGGCUUAUUGUUUUCGGAGUUACCAUAGUAUUGUUCGCCAUUGAGUUCCUGGUCUUUAUUAUUUUCGGUUCUGCAAGAGAACAGUCCUGGAACAAGAUAACAGAAGAAAACGAAGUGGAACAGAUUCCUCUGAAGGAAACAACCAAACCGAAAUGCGAGGCUUGAUCAUUUUGUUAAAUUAGUUGCAACAAAUAUAAUGUAUAUUUUAUAUAACAUUGCUUAUAAUUGAAAGAUGUGCCUUCUAACUACAAACUUUAUAUAGAAACUA